AAAAUCGAUAAGAACCGUGAAAGAACCACUGUAUCAAUCCUAAACCGAACCAGCUGAGAGAAUAUUUAAAUCAUGACUUUCCUCAAAAUAAAUUCAUCAAAAACCUUUCUCCGACACAAAUUGUAUAAAAUAUUAAUUUUUUACCUUUGUAGUGGUGAUGUUUUGGCCCGGUUUUGGUAGUAGACCACAGUGACCAUCACAGAUUUAUCUCGUUCUCUGACUCUCACACUGAUUUAUUCUGACCAUAUGCUUUCUUUUUGGUUCUCCAUUUUGUAAAGGAAAGGCCUUUGGUGUUGUGUUGUGUGUGUGCUGUUGUUAAGCUGAAGUGAGGGAAAUGUUGAGAGUGAAGGGAGGGAAAAGGCCACCUUGGGUGGGACUUGGAGCUGCGGUGUGGGUUCAGAUUUGUUCAGGAAAUGGCUACACUUUCCCUCUCUACUCUCAUUCCUUGAAAUCCGUUUUGGGUUUCAACCAGAGCCAGAUCACUCUGCUUGGUGUUGCCAAUGAUAUUGGUGAGAACGUUGGCAUUCUUCCUGGUCUCGCCUGCAACAAGUUCCCCCCUUGGCUCAUUCUUCUCAUUGGUGCUCUCUUAUCAUUCCUUGGUUUUGGUGUUCUCUGGCUUGCUAUUUCCAAAACAUUUGAUUCCGUUCCUUUCAUUGUGCUAUGGCUUGCACUUGCUGUAGCGACCAACAGCUGUGCAUGGUUAUCUACUGCUAUUCUAGUCACCAACAUGAGAAAUUUCCCUGUCAGUAGAGGCACAGUUGCAGGAGUCCUGAAAGGUUAUUCGGGGCUCAGUGCUGCAGUUUUUACGGAAAUUUACAGCGUGGGUUUUCAUAAUUCUUCACCCAACUUCCUGUUGUUCCUUGCCAUUGGUAUUCCUGCUCUAUGCUUCAGUACCAUGUUUCUUGUUCGGCCUUGCACUCCGGCUUCCGGUGAAGAUUCUUCUGAAAACAUGCAUUUUCUGUUCAUCCAAGGUGCUAGUGUAGCCUUGGGUUUAUACUUACUUGCAACAACAAUACUUGACAACUUUGUCCCCAUGAGCAAUACAGUAUCAUUUGUUAUGUUGGCCGUGAUGAUUCUCCUUCUCCUGGCUCCCCUUGCUAUCCCUAUAAAGAUGACACUGUGUCCCAGAAAAGCAUCUGCAUCAGAAACACCAGAGCAACAUGUUGGAUCUUCCGACUUUCUGGUUCAAGAUGGCAAGGUGGACAACACAGAACCCUUGUUAUCAUCUUCAUCGACCAGUGGCCUUGGAAGUUUUAAUGAUGUGGAUGGUUCAGCUGAGGUGGCCAUGCUUCUUGCUGAGGGUGAGGGGGCAGUGAGGAAGAAGAGAAGGCCCAAGAGAGGGGAAGAUUUUAAGUUUACCGAGGCUCUAGUAAAAGCAGAUUUCUGGCUACUGUUUUUUGUUUACUUUGUUGGGGUUGGAACAGGGGUUACUGUUCUCAAUAAUUUGGCUCAAAUAGGCAUUGCACAAGGUAUGGAAGACACCACUGUUUUGCUGUCAUUGUUCAGCUUUUUCAAUUUUGUGGGUCGGCUAGGUGGAGGAGUUGUUUCAGAACAUUUUGUCAGGACAAAAACGAUUCCAAGGACAAUUUGGAUGACAUGCACGCAGAUAAUUAUGAUGUUCUUGUACCUUCUCUUUGCAUAUGCUAUCAAGGGAACCCUUUAUCCCGCAAUUGCAGUUCUUGGAAUCUGCUAUGGCGUGCAAUUCUCCAUAGUGAUUCCCACUGUUUCGGAGCUAUUUGGUUUGAAACACUUCGGUUUGUUGAGCAAUUUCAUGGGCUUAGGGAAUCCACUUGGUGCAUUACUUUUCUCGGCUCUUCUAGCAGGACACGUGUAUGAUAACGAGGCAGCAAAACAACAUGGCGAAGGCCUCAUUGGUUCAGGUGUCGCAUGUAUUGGUCCAAGUUGUUUUCAGCUAACCUUUUUCACUCUGGCUGGUGUGUGUGUUGCGGGUACUCUCUCCAGCAUUAUCUUGACUUUAAGAAUUAAGCCCGUUUACCAAAUGCUUUAUUCUGGGGGUUCGUUUAAGCUACCUCAGACUUCAGGCCACUAAAAGUACUCAACUUCAAUAACAGAUACAGCACCCCACACAGUUUAUUUUAUAGACAAACCUGUGUAGCUGCUUUUUUCCUGGUCUGCCAUUACAUUCUCAACAAUGCUGAUAAACAAUCUAAGACAUCAGGCAAGAGAUGUUGGUUUCAAACGUGUGAACAUGUUGGGAUAUGACUCUGACCACUGAGAAUUUUCAUAAAGUGAAGGAUAUGUGUGAUAACGUUAUCUGUAGGGUAAUUAAUCUGUCAUAUAUGCUUGGAACAAUCGUUUAUUUCAAUAUAUGUGAUGAUAACUAUACAACGAAUGAGCUUAAUUUGUGUCAGUUGUUAUUAAAUGUAAGUUUUUAGGUUUAGUUUGGUGCCGCCUGAAAGUGAUAUCUGGACUUUAGCUUUAAUUGCUUUGAAUGAGAAUAGCUACCAGGAAAUAAAUUAAUUACUUUCCGGAGAUA